UUGCAUAAACAGUGAAAACUCAUCGCCAUAUCAUCACUGAAUCAUUAUUGCCAUCCUGUCUUGAACUCUGAAUCUUCUGGGCAACCAUAUCUGAAUUCUCCCAACAGCUGCACAUUUCAAGUAGUUAGAUGAGGAUGCUUCACCCUACAUGAAAGUGAGACCAUUCAUGAGUGACCACUUGUAAUAUACACUUGCUUUCAUACAUAGUACACAUACAUACACACAUUAUAGCUAUCAGCAUUCAUGUCAUAUAUAUAGGAGGAGAGUAGAUACAUCAAGGAGAUAGACACAAACAGAUCAAAAAGAUUGCAACUUCGUUUCAAAGAUUGCAACUUUCGUGCAAUCAUGGAAGAGUUCACCUUCUUCCCCGGCUUGGCAGGAGAAGGGCAGUGCAAGAUUCCAGCGGCGUCGUCGUCUCCUCGUCGUGAUCAUCUCGGCGGCCUCGGCUCCCCUCCGCCGUGGGUGUUCGCCGCCGUCGCCGAGGACGACGACGGUGGUGAGGAUGAGGAGAAGAUGGACCUGCUGUGGGAGGACUUCAACGAGGAGCUGGCGCGCACGCCGCCGGUGUGCCCUCUGAGCCCGCUCAACAUCAAGGGCGGAGGGCUGACGCCGAUGGCCAAGGACGCGUGGCUCAGCGCCGUCGACGGCGGCGGUGGGUUCGGCGUCAUCGUGGCCGGCGGCGGCGAGCAGCUGGCGAAGCGUGACAGGAGCAUGUACUCCGGCAGCAUCGUCCGGCGCCGCCGGAGAUGGAGCCUGCUGCUGAUGCUCAGGCUGCUCAAGAACCUCUUCUUGGCCAAGAACACGAGGAACGCAAGAACUGCACCGAUCUGAAGUCUGAAACGAUCAGUGGAUCAGAUUUCCACUCUAGGCUUCCGCAAUCAAGAAAACCGACAACUGAUGAUGAUGAUGAUGAUCAUGGUGAUGAGUUAUAAACCCGAGUGUAAACUAGUAAUCUGUAUAUAUUGAUAUCUACAUGUUU